CAGCUCGGCGGCCAGGACGCCGGACGUGCGGCAGUCGAAGGCUGGGACGCGAGCAGCUGUCGCGGCGUGUUGCAGUUGUCCGCUCUGGUUCGCAGGUGAAGAGAUGGCGUUUGUGAAGAGUGGCUGGUUGCUGCGACAGAGUACUAUUUUGAAGCGCUGGAAGAAGAACUGGUUUGAUCUGUGGUCGGAUGGUCACCUAAUCUAUUAUGAUGACCAGACUCGGCAGAAUAUCGAGGAUAAGGUCCACAUGCCAGUGGACUGUAUCAACAUCCGCACGGGGCAGGAAUGUCGGGAUAUUCAGCCUCCAGAUGGAAAGUCAAAAGACUGCAUGCUCCAGAUUGUUUGUCGAGAUGGGAAAACAAUUAGUCUUUGUGCAGAAAGCACAGACGAUUGCUUGGCCUGGAAAUUUACACUCCAGGAUUCUAGGACAAACACAGCGUAUGUAGGCUCUGCAGUCCUGACUGAUGAGACAUCCGUGGUUUCCUCACCUCCACCAUACACAGCCUAUGCUGCACCGGCCCCUGAGGUAGGGAGAACCCUGAGCCUUCAGCAGGCGUACGGCUAUGGGCCCUACAGUGGUGCGUACCCGCCAGGAACUCAAGUUGUCUAUGCUGCGAAUGGGCAGGCGUAUGCCGUGCCCUACCAGUACCCAUAUGCAGGACUUUAUGGACAGCAGCCUGCUAACCAAGUCAUCAUUCGAGAGCGGUAUCGAGACAACGACAGUGACCUGGCACUGGGCAUGCUGGCAGGAGCAGCCACGGGCAUGGCCUUAGGGUCUCUAUUUUGGGUCUUCUAGGGGCCUCAAGGUCUUGAUGUGCAUAGCUUCUGAUAACCCUGUGUGCAAUAAUAUGAUUUGCAGGGCAUUUCUGCUUGUGACAAAUGUUUUUAAUAAUAGUUUUAAUGGUUCCUUUGAAAGUAGUGAUGUCAUAAUUGUAACUAAUCCACAUAAGUACCACAGAGAAAGGUUUGAACUGUGCUGUUGUGUUCAAACGCUGGCUUUCCAGGGGCACUGGCUCAUUCCGAGACUGUCCUUGUGCACCUGUCGGAACACCUUAUUUGAGCACACCUGUUCUGAAAGGCAUUUUCUUUUUAGAGUUAGCUGUAGUGCUUAAGGGUUAAUUUAUUUCCAUGUUAUGCCGGGAAUACAGUGGUGUAUGCCUGAUGAGUGAUUGUGGCAAGAAAAGCCAUAGCUUUCCAUUUAACUUUUUCAAACCACAGACCAGAACUGGUUGCUUGUUACUUUAGGAGUUGUGGGUUGGUAAGCUCCCAGGUACUUCCCGGGGCCAUGGUGUGAGAGCCCUGUCCUGCCCUCUGGGGCUCCACGGGCCCCCGGCAAGGCCUACGGCUCAGGAUGACGGGGCACAGCCCGCCUUUGAAAAAUGAUGCUUCAGAAGUCUGCCUGACUCUGGCUGCUGCUUCUCACCUUAUUCUGGUAUGGUUUUGGUAGCCAUACUUGGAGAACGUUUCCCGCAUUGGGAAUUGAUUUGAGCCUGCAAGUUUGAGGGCUUUAUCCUUUAAAACUUGGAGAAGCCAGAACAAUAACAAGUGUGUGGAGGCAGAUUUGCUUUAUUCCAAGAGAGCUGUUUGAGUGUGUGUCUGCCUAAGCCUCCCGAUAGCCUAGUUUUCUACUUGCUGAGGGAGUAAUGUUAAAGGAACAGCGAGGGAGCGGAAGGAGAGCCUUAGUUAGGGCGUUCCCAUUUCAGGCCUUCACGGGGUUGCGCUGUGCGGGAGAUGCUCUCAUCUCUCUGAAGGCCCAUCCUUUGCAGAAGUGGGGCCUGUGGCUGUUCACGGAGCACCAAGGCAGACCGUAGCUGAGCAGACUUGGGUUAUGGGUGGGAAAUGGGGCCCAGGGACCCUCAGGACACAGGGACCGGCUCAAGGUACCACUCAGCCCGGCCAGGAUCCCCAGCCUUGCUUUUGUUCUUGGUCUCUUUGUGAUAGAGAAGCUUAGAACAUUGAAUUUUGAGCCCCAAAAUGUGUGAGUCUUUGGAAAAACCAUUCCAGCCUUUCUGUCAAAUGCUCUUAUUUUCAAUAUUAUGAAGUAUGUAUUUGAAAUAUUCACAUUUCUGUUAUUUCUUGUUUUUAAGCUCUGAAUUAUUCCAGUUUUCUGUCCUGCAUGCUUUCAACAGUGUGCUUUUACAGAGGCAGUUUAGCACAGUGAAUGUCCCUGCCCCACACUCCAUAUGGUCCUGUUGUCCUGAAAAUACACUCCAGGUAGCACAGACUUGUUAUUUUGCCUGGCUGGUUACACACAUGCUGUCUUGCUUUGCUGCUCAGCCGCCUCCCUCUGAGGCCAACUUAGGCCAACCUACCUGGGACUCCAUCUGAAGUCAGACGCCAGAGAAACUGAGUGGUGACCACGGGUCUGCUUUUCUCUCUGAUCCUAGGGGACUUGUUGACAUGGGAGUAUCUGUUCCCACAUGGAAGGAUGUGUGUUUCUCUCUCAUCUCUGAAUAGAUGUAAUGUAUGACAAGUCUAGUGUCCAUGGUUUAAAAUGUUGCUUUGAGGAUUCUCCAUCCUGUAUAAGAAGAAUGACUUUCUUCAGAUUAUAAUCGUUAUUAAAGUUGUAUGUACCCUUUACUUAAAAACUAUUAACAGUUUUUCAUGUUGCACUGGUAAUUUUGAACUUGGAAUUGCUGGGUGAGAAUUCCAGGAACCACAGAGUAUUGAUUUUUGCUGCCAAAAUGCUAUUGAGGCAGAUGUUCCUGUGCUCCCUUGGCUGCUUCUGGCUGAAGGGGAGAGGUGUGGACUGAAGCUUGGGUACUCAUGUGUGUCCCCUCCCCAGUCCCCAUCCCAGUGGGGCCAGCCUCGUUAGGCAGCCAUAGAUGAGCCUGGAACUUGACUGUCACUAGUGACUUGAUCCUGGUGUGAAAUGCAUACUGGGGAUAAGGUCGCUCAGGUGUUUUAUUUCUUGGCCACAACUCCCAUAGAUGCCAAUGUUUUGAUAGCCUCGGUUUCUCAACGAUGUCCUUUGUUUACAGUGCUACACUUCAUACAAGUCAAGAAGUACUUGAGUUAGAAGAAACUUCUUAUUCAGGUUUGAGUAAGCAUUUUACUUCCAUGUGUCCUUUUAAAUAAUCCAUACCUUGAAGAAGUUGGCCAGUGACAUUAUAUACAUGCUGAUCCGGUUGUUCUUUUCAUUCCUUGAGUCAGCUUCAGGGUCUUGGAUAUUAAAGAGGAGAGGGAGAACUGUUAAUGUUUCGGAUCAUCGUUUGUGAACAAGGCCAGACUUUGCCCAUUUUAGGUUAUCCAGGACUCAAGGUAGCCAUCUGGAUCAUAAGAAGGUCCUGCAGUUGAGACAAAAUGACCCAAGUGUAUUUUCCACAAGUUUUGAUCCUGUGUAAUAUUUCUUUUUCCUUCCCUAGUGUGUGUAGAUAAAGGCAUGGAAUGCAGUUCCACUUUCUCCCCAGAGUUGAUCUUUUUGUGAUUGCUUUCCCGUCUCUAGUAUUCUGUUGCGUCUAGAGAACUGAUUUUUUCCUACAUAUGCAGAUUGUACAUUUGUAAGUGAAAAUGUCAGUACAUUAAAGCAUUAACCUUAAAGCAUG